AUUAAAUGUAGAAGUGGACGGCAGAUGAUAACAGAUAACAAAAAUGGACCAUUUGGCUCCGUUUCAGUGAUUCUCUGGUGAACCCCCCUGUUUCUAACUCUCGGUGAAGAGUCUCCAUUUUCCCCAGCCGCGCGUCAAACAUCCACGGACUUAUUUUAAGCUGGGAACGAGAAACGCGCCGUGCUUUCUCCAAAAAAGACAGUCAGAGGCGGAUGUUGUGACACUUGUAGCUGAAUCUGGAUGCCCAUCUUAAAAAAACGGACAGGUUGGAUUGUUUCACACCCAAUAAGCAUUCGUGCUGUAAGAGAGAAGCUCCGGUGCUGUUUGAUCUUGACUGGGGAAGCGUAAAGGUAGCCUAAAGCCAUUUACGGACGCAUUAAUUUCUAAGCCGCUCUCGGUGCCUGCUUGCAGACAGGAAGGAGCAUGGAUAGAGAGGAAUUUGCUCUGACUAGAGCGUUGAGGGGAUUUGCAGAGCUGGGGGUGAGCGCCUGUGGAAACUAAACUAAGGACAGCUGGCUAACGCGCCGUCACUGACAGCUCGCCAUUUCUCUCCAAGCUUUCUUUUCUUUGUUUUUUUUUCACAUUUUCACCGAGGACACGGCUCUUUUUUUUAGACAGCCAUGGGGAAGGACGAAUGCAAAACAAUGCUGGACGCUUUGAACAAAGUGACAGCCUGCUACAGACAUUUGGUCAUCGCGCUGGGAAGCACCUCGGACUCGCAGAACCUGCGCGAGGAGCUGAAGCGGACCCGCAAAAAGGCCCAGGAGCUGGCCGUGGCCAACAGGACUAAACUGACCUCUUUGCUCAAAGAUAAGAGCAUCAGCAAAGAGGACCGGGCCGAGUACGAGCGCCUAUGGGUGCUCUUCUCGAGCUGUAUGGAGCUCCUGGAGGUGGACAUGAAACGGUCACUGGAGAUAGGGCAGGAUUUUCCCCUCAAGGUGCCCACCAGGCACCUCAUCCAGACCGGGAUGACCGGCAGCACCACCACCGUGGCAGCCAGGGCUAUGAGCGUACAAAACAUGAAGUACGAGGCGGACAGCAACAUCGACACGGCCGACCUGCGGGACCUGCAAUCCGAGAUCACCCAGGUGAGCCAGAUGAUGGAGGAGAUGGAGAUGAAGGUGCAGGUGGCGCCGUGGGCCGUGGAGGCGAAGCAGGAGGCGGGCGCGGAGCUUAAGUCAAACAUGAGUGUAGGAAAUUCCUCCGUGGGUGUCAUUUCCAUCUGUGAAGAGGAGCCCAAAGACGAGGAAGGGGGAGGAAGCAGGAGCGGUGGUGGCUCAGCAACAAUCUGCGCCGUGUUAGUGUUCCUUAUCAUCUUAGGGGUCGCUCUGGUUUUGGGAUAUCUGGUCAUCAACAUGUCCUGAACUGUCUGAACCAGAAGCCCUCACAGAUGGACUCGCUGCGCGGAUGCCCACAGGACCAAGAGAGCAGGCAGCCCCACUAAAGACGGAGAAAGAGGUUUAAACAUUUUACGCACGAAGAUUUAAUCUUCCUCGGAUUCGUGAAUGUAUUCGCUGGAAGAUGAGGAGUUGCACUAGAGAUAAUGUACUGUAGAAGAAUAGAACCAGAGAGUGAACGCACAAUUUGAAGUAUUUUGAGAAGCCAAGGGGUCGUGUUAAUGUUUUUGGAGAAGUGGGGGAAAUAAGUGGUGAAAUUACGUGACAGUGUCUGUCCAUCAGGAUGAUACAAACAACACGUAAUCCAAGUGGAUUAGUGGGAAAGCUCAAGCGUAAAUGUAGCCUCCUGUUAAGUAUUCCCCCUUGAUGUUCUGCUGGUUGUUGCUUUCAGUUUAUGAAUCCAAUCCAGCAAAGUCAGCCUUGGAGGGACUGUGUUAGUCAGAGCAGCAUAGAGCUCAUAGUAUGGGCACUAAUAGAGGCAGUGUUACAGCUAAGCUCAUCACAUCACACAGGUUGGAUGUGAUCAAAUCUGCACUGUUCCACACUCCUGUUAGCACUCUUUUAAUACUAAUCUGUACAGCCAGGUUAGGUAGGCCUGCAUACAUAACAUUCAAUCACAAUGUGCUUCAUAUGAGAGCCUUGGGACCUAUAAGAGACACCCACUGUCUUUGAAUAAUGCACCCGUUCACUGUAAGCCUGUUCAUGUUCCUUUUACUUCAGGGUUUCUUCUUGCAAACAGUGUUGAAUGUAUACAUUGCAACAUGUGAUUAUAGAGGGUUAUUUGUACAUACAGACUGCCGUGUCAG